AUGGAAGGGAAAAAAAAAAAGCGUUUCUUAUUUUUCCUCCCAGUUUUAUUAUUAUCACACAAGGUGAAUAAUGUAUUAUUAGAACGAAUGAAUGGAACCCUUCUACUAGAAUCCGAAAAUGAAUACGUGCAAGGUGAAAAUGAUCGUAUUUUAGCUACAGGACAUCAUUAUAUGGAGGACGAUCACAUAGAACAAUGGUUACAAGGAACUGAUGGAAGCAGAAUAGGAAGAGUGCAGCAAAAUGUAAAAUAUGAAUAUGGAGUAACAGAAGUAAAAAUAAAGGAUGCACAAAUGAAUGGAAAAAGAACUAACCGCAUUUUGAAGGAAUCCACUGACGAUGCGCAAAACUUUAUGGACAACAAUAACAUAGGGGAAGAAGCAAAUGGAGAACAUAAAACGGACAGUAAAACGGAUAACGGGAGGAACGUAAACAAUUUGGUCAUGUUAGAUUAUGGUAUGUCUGGAAGUGGACAUCCAUCUGAGACCCUUGAUAAUGUUCCUGGAUUAGUGACUGAGCAUGAGGGAAAAUCUCUUAGAAAUUCCUCAGAAGGUGGUGGGCAUCCUUACGAUAUGGGUCAGACGAAAACAAUGUCUAGUGGUGUUAUGAAUGAUGCUUUUUUGCAGAAGAAUGUAAUGAGGAAGUGUAAUGAUAAGAGAAGACGCGGGGUAAGGGAUUGGGACUGUCCACCUAAAAGAGAUGUUUGUAUACCAGAUCGAAGAUAUCAAUUAUGUAUGAUGGAAAUUACGAAUUUGAUAGAUAAUACAAACACACAUUUCCAUAAUGAUAUAACAUUUCGAAAAUUAUAUUUGGAAAAGAAAAUUAUUUAUGAUGUUGGAGCAGAGGGUGAUUUAUUAUUAAAGAAGAAUAACAACGUAUCUAACCAAGACUUAUGUAACGAUGUCAGAUGGAGUUUGGAAGAUUUUGGAGAUAUAAUUAUGGGAACUGAUAUGGAAUCCAUUGGAUUUUCCAGAGUAGUGGAAAAAAAUUUGAGUAGCAUUUUUGGAACUGAUGCAGAUGCCAAAGUUCAUCGUAAGCAAUGGUGGGAUCAACACAAAAAAGAGUUUUGGAAAACAAUGAUGUCCUCAGUUAAAAAAAAAUUAGGAUGGCAUUCUACAUGGACUUGUAAUGAAAAUGUUCAGCUAAAUGUAGAACCGCAGAUAUAUAGAUGGAUUAGAGAAUGGGGAAGGGAUUAUAUGUCAGAAUUAUCCAUUGAAGUGAGAAAACUGAGAGAGAAAUGUGAUAGGAGAUUCUACUAUGUUGCUAAAAACGUAUGUAUGGUAUUUCCAUGUAACAAUGCAUGUACAUCAUAUGAAGAAUGGAUAACGAGAAAAAAAAAACAAUGGGAUAUUCUGUCAAAUAAAUUCUCAAUUGUAAAGGAGGCACAAAACAUCGAGACAGCAGGUAUCGUAACUGCAUAUGAUAUACUAAAGCAGGAGUUAAAUCAAUUUAACGUGGUCGCUUUUGAGAAUGAAAUUAACAAUCGUGAUGAGGCAUAUAUUGAUUUAUGUAUUUGUGGCGAUAGGAAGGUUAAAACAAAUACCCAGGAAAUCGUCAAGAAUGUAGAGAGUGCUCCUAACUUGGGGGCACAAAAUUUGAAGUCCACCAUUCAAUCUAUAAGUAGUAGUAAGGAGGAUACGGUUCAGAAGGAUUCUGCACAUGAAAAUGUAAACAAUGACGCAGAUAGUUCUACCAUAAGUGCAGCUACUCCAGGUGGUACUGAUCCAGGAGAUGGUAAUGGAAUGGGUGAUGUUCCUAGUAAGGGUGGUGUUACUACUGAUGAAAUUCCCACUGUUGAAAGUGUUCCUGCUCCUGCUGAAAGAACUGAUGUUCCUGAUGCCAGCCUCAGUACUGGUGAUGGACAGAAUAAUGUUCAUAAUGUUACGGGUGCCGCUUCUGCUGGUGAAGUUGGUAAUGUUGACGAGAGUGGUGUUCCAGGUGCAGGCAUUCCAGGUGUUGGUGUCCCAGGUGCUAUUAGUCCUGCUGAAGCUGCUAAUCCAGGUGUAUCUGGUGAGGAUCCCAUUAGUACUUCCACUGCUGCUGGUGUAGGUGUUUCUCCUCAUGUUGGUGAUGUUCCUGGACCUGACACUAACCAUAGUGAAGGUCCUACUUCGUUAAGUGGAACUGAGAAUUUAGAAUCGAACGAAAGUGUACAUGAAACUACUGAUCAUACAACUCACAGUUUAGAAAAUACGAAUGGAGGAAGUGAAAAGGGUUUUCAAAAGCAUGAUUUCAGAAAUAAUGAUGUGCCAAAUGAUGAAUCAAGUUCUGAUGAAACUGCACAUGUAUAUGGACAUCAAAGGAAUAGCAUCAGGGAAGAUGAAACAGAAGGGGAAGACCAUAUGAAUAAUGGUAAUUUUAUGAAAAAUCUAAAGAGGAACCAAUUUUAUAGCCUAAAUAAUUGGAUCCAUGAUAAAUUAGAUAUAAAGCAAUACGAAAACAGAGAUGUCAAUGCAACAAGGGAAAAAAUUAUCCUUAUGUCUGAAGUAAGCAAGUGCAAUAAUAGUGUUUCCUUAAAGUACUGUAACUCUAUAGAAGACAGAAUGUCAUCGAGCACUUGUUCUAAAGACGAAAGAACAAAUUUAUGUUGUUCAAUAUCGGAUUUUUGUUUGAACUAUUUUGAGGUUUAUUCUUAUGAUUACCAUAAUUGCAUGAAAAACGAAUUUGAAGAUCCAUCAUAUAAGUGCUUUACAAAAGGGAGCUUUACAAGCGUGGCUUAUUUUGCCGCCGGGGGAGCGUUUCUGAUACUACUGCUGUUAAUGGCUGCACGGAAUAUGAACAAUAAUGGUCCUGAAGAAGAAGCUACCUUUAAUGAUUUCGAAGAAUACUGUGAUAAUAUUCACAGAAUCCCCCUGAUGCCUAACGAUAUUGAACAUAUCCAAACGUCAACCCCCAUGGAUUAUUCAUGA